GCAGUAGAGUCAACAGAAUCUCAGUCUCUGCCCACAUCAAACUCGUCCUGACGGCACUGCAAACUUUGGCAGAUCUGCGAGAGUCAUGUCGAAUAACAGCACGAGCGGUUUGUCGAGCUUGCAAAAAAGCGUCAAGCAACUGAGAUUUGAAGCAUCAAUACGCAGAAUGAAGGUUUCUCAAGCUGCAGAGGAACUAAAAACAUUCUGCUUGAAAAAUGCCCCUAAAGACCCUCUCCUUGUAGGGAUGUCAGCCAGCGACAACCCCUUCCGACCCCCAAAAUCAUGUGUUCUCCUCUGAGGAGUCAUGAAGAAUGCUGAGAAACUUCUGAACAUUGCAAGCAUUUUAACCACCUUUUCAUCAGACCCCGAGCUGCAUCAUCACUAUGACUACACUAAAUUCUUUAUUUUGGAUAGCUGCAUUCUCACGAGACGUUUUGAUUGUUUAAUAAUGUGAUUUAUGAAGAAAAGUGUUUGAUUGUUUUGUAAUGUGAACGGAGCUGUUUUGUGUGCACAACUUUAGGUUAAGAUUAAUUGCAUUAACUACUAGAAGAAUUUAAAAUGCUGAACUAUUUGCCCUACAAAGGGUGUGUCUGGUGCCAAUAAUCAUUUUAAAACAUAUGAAAACAAAUACGGAUUUUCAGUUUGUGCUGGGUAGAUUGCUUAAAUGUGAUCUGUUUCUGAUUACAAAUUACAUUAUUAAAAUUGUAGUCAGUAACCUAAUCUAGAUUAGUGACUACUUUUAUAUUACUUUUGAUCUUCUCUUAUUCUUUUUGUUUUAUGUUUUAAUUGUUUGCCAUGUGUCCAUUCUAUAUUGUGAAAAUCCAGCUCUAAAUGAUGUGACAGUUCAAACAUUUUUAGAAGGAAAAAAGAAAAGGAAAUACAACUUAAACUCUGGUGGGGAGUGUUGAAGCAAUGACCUUCUGCACCAAUCACAGUCUGUAGCUGGAGCACACAAGCCUAAUGACCAAUCAUUUGUGUUUAUAAACAUGCUUAACAGGAAAUUGACACUUUAAAAUUUUUAUUAUAAUGUUGUGUCGAAAUUGAUAGUUUUGACAGCCCUAGUAGUACUUAUUCAUUCAGCAUAGGAAUUUAUCAUCUAAAUUAUUAAAUUAGAAUAUACUUAUUCUCUACAUUUUUGUUUCAGUAGUGACUAGUAAUCAUUAUAUUGUUACUAGUAACACAUGUAAAAAAUCUGCCAUUCUUCCAUAUAAAUACUACAUUGUAAAAACCAAAAAGUUAAGGUAACUCCAACUAUUGAGGAAACUGAUUGCAACAAACCAUUUAAGUUCAAAAACUAAUCCUAAUGAGUACUGUGAAUCAUUUCAUACAAUUGAACGAGUCUCGAAUUGUGAAUCCAUUUGAGAAAACGAAGCAAUUUGAGCACAGUAAAACCCAAUAAAUGAAGAGAACUCAAACCAACUGAGUACUGUAAAACUCAAUAAGUUAGGGCAACCCAAAUCGUUUGAGGAAACCGAUUGCUACAAACCAUUUGAGUUCAAAAACUACUCUAUGAGUACUGUGAACUUACUCCACUUAAGUUGAAAUAAUGAGGUAUUUCAUUUACUCAUUACCUUCAACACUGAGCUCAACUUUUCAAAUGAGUACAAUCAACUUUCAGUCAAUUUUGAGUUAACUACACUCAUUUCAUUUGAUAAAGUUGACUGUUGGGUUUUACAGUGUAGUAUUUACUCUAUUGUCACUGCAACUAUUUAAUUAAAUAUUAGUGGUGAUUUGUGUGGUAAAUUUAAUCAUCAAAAGAGAUUCCGCAAAUAAAUAGCAGACUGCCUUUGUGUGAAACAUUUUUAAUCUUGCGUUAAUCAUGUAACUUUCUGAUCAGAGUUCAAAAACAUAGUCUAAUCUUUUUUUUAUUUAUUUUCAUAAUGCACAUGUAAUCAAUUACUACCCAGCACUAUUGGCAAUAUUAAUUAGCAUAACAGUAGGAUGUUUUUGUACACAUUUAAAUGACAAAUGGCUGUGCUCACUCCUAUGUGUAAAAAUAAUACAGCCAAUAACGGACAUUUUAGGACAAAAUAUACACAAAACAAUGGAUUCAGGGGGAAAUGAACACACUCGGCUUGUCAUCAAGUUUUUUGGAUAAGUGAUGGUAAAUAUGCAUAUAUAUAUAUAUAUAUAUAUAUAUAUAUAUAUAUAUAUAUAUAUAUAUAUAUAUAUAUAUAUAUAUAUAUAUAUAUAUAUAUAUAUCCAACCUGUUUUAUUGCCAAGUACAUUUGAAAACCAGCUUUACACAGGAAAAACUGAAGAAAAAAAAAUGUUCUUGUAAUGUGUUGGGUUUAGGAUGAAACACUAAAUCUCUUCAUUUGUUAAUUGAUGCAAUUAGACUAAUACACAGAGUGUUAUUGCCAAGAAACUCAUGUUAAUUGUAUUAACUACAUAGCUGUAUUGAAGGAGAGAGAGUGAGAUGUCUUGAAUCUCAGGUUCUUUUUGAUAAAGUUUAAUGCUGUGUGAUAUAUAUUUUCACUUUUCUCAAAACUGAAUGAGGUACUACUUUUUAUUCAAAUGUAUUUUCUGUCAUCCAGUGUCUAUACUUUCUCCUAAACACUCUAAACAAAAGUUCAGAACUAUUACGUCUGUGACUUUUUAUUUUUAGUGAAAGGGUGCAUGACUUUCUGUUGCACUUUAAAGUCUGGUUUCAGAACACAAAAUGACUGAGUGCGUCAACUGGCCUGUUUUUGCAUACUCUCUGCUCCCACUGCUUGUAUUAUAUCUGUACUGUAUCUUUAUCAGUCAAACACUGGACAUUCAUGCAAAUGUCAUUUGUACUUUGGGAUUUUAUUCUUGUUCUGAAUGAACGUUUUCAGUCUGUUUA